CUACAAGUUACAUCACCACCAAGGCACCAACUAUAUAUAAAGACUUCACACAAUGUUCUCACACACGCUUUCUCUCUCUCUCUCUCUCUCUGCAGUCGCUUCUAAAUUGUGAGAAAAAAUGCAAAACACACUGGGAAGAAACCUAUAUCUCUGCUUCACAAAGAUCCGACGGCCACCAAUGAGUACAACCCUAGAUGACAACGAUCACAGCCGUCCAUUACCAACCGCCACCGCCACCGCAUCCACAUCAACGUCCAUGAUUAAAAACUUCAACUCCCUCUACGACGACAAAUCCACGCUGUUCGACUCCACCACCACCACCUCAAAAUCCCUCAGCUCUUCCCUCCUCUCCACCCCCGACGACUACUCCAACACCGAUGCCCCUGCCCCCGACUUUGCCACCGCCUUCGCCUCCCGACGCUUCUUCUUCUCCUCUCCCGGCCUCUCCAACUCCAUUGUCGACCAAUCGUCAUUCGCCGCCACCUCAUCAUCCUCCAAAACAUCAACCUCCGAGACCGAAGACCGCAAGCUCUUCAUCAACCACAGCGUGGCGGUCCCCACAUUCUCCCCCGAUCCAUAUCGGGACUUCCUGCGGUCCAUGCAGGAGAUGGUGGAGGCGCGUGAGAGAACGCCAGAUUCGGAGGACGUGAAAAAGAAAUCCAACUGGGAGUUUUUGCAUGAGCUCCUCCUGUGCUAUCUUGCGCUGAACCCUAAGAGCACUCACAAGUUUAUUAUCGGCGCUUUCGCCGAUCUUCUCGUCAGCCUCAUGCCAUCUCCCUGCGGAGGCGCCCGCAUUGAAUUAGAACCGGAGUUCACCGCCGGCGUUUGUGAGGUUUCACGGUGCGUCUAGUCAGUAAUUAAACGGUUAUAAUAUUGACUUCAUUAUUUGUCAAUAUUCAGUGGAAAUUAAAAAAUAUCCGAAUUUGUUAUUAUGUAUAAUAUUGAAGUCGAUCAGUCCAUCUUUUUUUUGUUGUUUUCAAUCACAUCGACAAAUCUUAUUGAAUCUUGUCCCCCA